AUGACCAUUACCGUGGUCGUGGAUUUCUCAAGCAAGGCAGACUGGCACAACCACAAGCGGGGCAAUCGACGGAACCUCAACCAGACUAGUCAGAAGCUGGAUAGCUUCAAUAUACGAUCUGACCCAGGCCUUGCGGGACCACCCCUUGAGAUUGUGCAUCUCUACAACGACCAAUGGCCCACCGGAAUCACUGUUGCAAAAUCCGGCCGUAGAUUCUCAAACUACCCAGCCGGACUCGACGCCAACAACACAAACAACGGGCACAACCAGAAAUACCAAGUCGCAGAACUACUCGGCAACGGCACAGAAACCCCGUAUCCGAAUCUUGACAUCAACAGUCCACCCGGCGGAGCCAUUAAUUACAGCACCACGCGCCCCACAGGCGCGAAUCAUCAAACCCACCUCAUCGGCGUGCAAAGCGUCGUCCUCGACCCCCUCGACCGUCUCUGGAUCCUCGACACCGGCCGCGCACUCACAGACGACGGAACCCUUGUCCCCGCCAGCCCCGGCGGGCCCAAACUACUCGGCGUCGACAUUACUUUGCACCAGGUCAUCCAGACCAUCGUCUUCCCGCCCACCGUCGCCUUCCCGGACUCGUACCUCAACGACGUGCGCUUCGAUCUGCGGGCGGCGAGCACGGCGGCCGGGAAGGGGGUCGCGUAUAUUACGGAUUCUUCGUCCGAGGGCCGCAAUGGCAUCAUCGUUGUUGACCUGGGCACGGGCGAGAGCUGGAGACAUCUCGAUGGGAUUGCCGAGACGCGAGCUGAACGCGGAUUCGUGCCGUAUGUGUGGGGCCAGCCGCUGUAUUAUCUCCCUGGGCCGGGGAGGCCGCUGACCACGGUGCCGCUGGGCAGUGAUGGCAUUGCCUUGUCUGUGGAUGGCGAGGAGCUGUAUUUUGGGCCGGUGGGUGGCAGGGGGUUGUACAGUGUGCCCACUGCGCGUCUGAGGGAGAGGGGCCCGGACAGCGAGGUGUUGGCGCAGGCGGCCGUUGUUAAUCGUGGUGAGAGGGGUCUGAGCGAUGGGUUUGAGACGGAUACGAAUGGGUUUGUGUAUGCGGGGAAUAUGGAGCAGAAUGCGAUUGGGUUUUACAAUCCGCAGAAUGCGAGCGUGAGUGUUUGGGUGAGGGAUCCGAGGAUUAGCUGGGUGGAUACCAUGGCUGUUGCGGAUGAUGGCUAUCUCUACUUUACGGAUAAUCAGCUCGCGUUUAGUAGCGCGUUUUACCCGGGGACAGAUCGGAGGACAAGACCGUUUGUGCUGUUCAGAGCGAAGUUGCCAGCGAACGGUACGAGGGUAAGUCUCUUGUAG